GCCAAACCGUUGUGAGCUAGCAUCUCUUCCACUUAAAAACUUCUUCACUUGAUCCUUCUUCAAACACUGUGAAACUGAAGGAGUUCGUUCCUUCGCAGAUGGCGAGGAACUACGUGAGAGAAAACGUUCCUCUCUCGCGAUUCGGCGUAUUGGUGGCGCAGCUAGAGUCUAUAGUCACCUCCGCAUCGCAACAAUCGCCUGACCCUCUCCUCUGCUUCGAUCUUCUCUCCGAUCUCAUCUCCGCCAUUGACGAAGAGCCUAAGGAAUCAAUUUUGUUAUGGCAAAGAAAGUGCGAGGAAGCAUUGUACUCCAUGCUUAUUCUUGGUGCUCGCCGACCUGUGAGACAUUUGGCUUCGAUAGCGAUGGGAAGAAUAAUAUUAAAGGGAGACAAUAUUUCGAUAUAUUCAAGAGUGAGCAGUCUUCAAGGGUUUCUUUCUGAUGGAAAGAAGAGCGAGCCUCAGAAAGUUGCUGGUGCCACACAAUGCUUGGGAGAAUUAUAUCGACAUUUUGGGAGAAGAAUUACUUCGGGUUUGCUUGAAACAACUAUUAUUGCAACCAAACUAAUGAAGUUUAAUGAGGAGUUUGUGAGACAAGAGGCUCUACUUUUGCUUCAAAAUGCUUUGGAAGGCUCUGGUGGUAGUGCUGCUGCUUCAGCAUAUACUGAGGCAUUCCGACUCAUCAUGCGGUUUGCUGUUGGGGACAAAUCGUUUGUUGUUAGAAUAGCUGCUGCACGCUGUCUGAAGGCUUUUGCCAACAUUGGAGGACCAGGUCUUGGUGUUGGAGGACUUGACAGUUCAGCCUCUCAUUGUGUCAAGGCUCUUGAGGAUCCUUUAUUGUCUGUGAGGGAUGCAUUUGCAGAAGCUUUGGGAUCAUUGCUUGCUCUUGGAAUGAAUCCUGAGGCACAGGUUCAACCAAGGGGAAAAGGUCCUUUUCCUCCAGCAAAGAAACUGGAGGGUUGUUUGCAAAGGCAUUUAAUUUUGCCGUUCACAAAAGCAUGGGAAAUUGUGAAGACGCUGUUCACCAGCUCUGGUGUGUUUUUGUUCUUUGGAAAUAGGAAAAUAUGGACUAAAAUUAAGGCUUAA